UGCUCCGAGCCCAGGUGGCGCUUCUCUCGCUGCUUCACUCGCGUCUCUCGCGGCGGCGUUAGCAGCUGGGAGGAUGCUGGGCUGCGGUCGUCUCACCUUCGUCUUUCUGAGCGUGGCCGUCACCUGCGCUGUGGCGCAGCACGCGCCGCCGUGGACAGAAGACUGCAGAAAAUCAACCUAUCCUCCUUCUGGACCGACCUACAGGGGUCCAGUUCCGUGGUACACCAUAAAUCUCGAUCUACCACCGUAUAAAAGAUGGCAUGAACUGAUGGUUGACAAAGCACCAGCGCUAAAAGUUAUAGUGAAUUCUUUGAAGAACGUAGUAAAUGCAUUUGUGCCAAGUGGAAUAAUUAUGCAGAUAGUGGAUCAAAAGUUGCCUGGUCUGCUUGGCAACUUUCCUGGCCCUUACGAGGAGGAAAUGAAGGGAAUUGCAGCUGUUACUAACAUACCUUUAGGAGAGAUUAUUUCAUUCAAUAUUUUCUACGAAUUUUUUACCAUUUGUACUUCAAUAAUAGCAGAAGAUAAAGAAGGUCAUCUACUACAUGGGCGAAACAUGGAUUUUGGAAUAUUUCUUGGGUGGAAUGCUAAUAAUAAUACUUGGGUCGUAACUGAGGAACUGAAACCUUUAACAGUGAACUUGGACUUCCAAAGAAACAAUCAAACUGUCUUUAAGGCGUCAAGCUUUGCUGGCUAUGUGGGCAUGUUAACAGGAUUCAAACCAGGACUGUUGAGUCUCACGCUGAAUGAACGGUUCAGUACAAAUGGCGGUUAUAUAGGUGUCCUAGAAUGGAUUUUGGGGAAGAAAGAUGCCAAGUGGACAGGGUUUAUCCUUAGAUCAGUUCUGGAAAAUAGUACAAGUUAUGAAGAAGCCAAGAAUAUAUUGACAAAAACCAAGAUCCUGGCCCCAGCAUACUUUAUCCUUGGAGGCAACAAGUCUGGGGAGGGUUGUGUGAUUACACGAGACAGAAAACAGUCUUUGGAUAUAUACGAACUUGAACCCAAGCAGGGUAGAUGGUAUGUGUUACAAACAAAUUACGACCGUUGGAAAAAUCCCUUCUUCCUUGAUGAUCGCAGAACACCUGCAAAGAUGUGUCUAAACCGGACAACCCAAGAGAAUAUCUCGUUUGCAACUAUGUAUGAUGUCCUGUCAACAAAACCUGUCCUCAACAAGCUGACGGUAUACACAACCCUGAUAGAUGUUACCAAAGGUCACUUUGAGACGUACCUGCGGGACUGCCCAGACCCCUGUAUAGGUUGGUGAGCACACACCUGGCCUACAGGAUGCGCCUUCUGUGACAUCAAGACGGGAGCCCCCACGUGGCUGAGCAGUGCAGCCGUGUCUGAUCUCCUUCCAGAGACUCAGGGCAGGUUCUCUCUGAGGCGUGAGCUCGUCUUUCUUGGUAUGUUUGCAACUCACAGGCUUUUUUUGCUGAAAUGGUUGGUCAUUCUUACAUACAGAUAACUUCUUUUAGCGAAAUAUGCCAGUCAUCCAGAAUUUACUGUGUUUCAUUUCACUCUGACAUUUGGGAACGGACAGUGAAAACUACUGUGAGACCCCCGCUCCGUGGAAUAAAAGCAGGAUUCUCUGUGGGCACUGAAUCCUGUACACCUGUGUGAGUAACAGUUAAUAGUCCACAUGAUUCAGUUUUUCACUUUUAUCUCACAUUUGUGUUUUUCUGCCCUUUCUUCCUGGUUCUGACUACUAUUAAAACUAAUAUACCAUUGUUUUGCUGUCUGUGACAGCAACGUAUUUCACUAAUUUUGAUUGGAGGAGGAUAAGACAGGAACUCAACUGCAUGUUUCUCUUAAUGGGCGUCACGUGAGCUUUUGCCUCUGAACAGAAGUCCUCCUGAGGGGGCUCAUGAGGUAAUCAGUCUGCAGGGCAGUCUUUUAUAGUUAGGUUUGAAGUGUCUCCUUUUUCGUAUUUAGCCUACCUCCCAGUAACCCCAGGCAGUUAAUUUCAAAGACAGUCUUAGGUUCUGUGAAUCAGGAUUAAAGAAGCAGAUCAAAGACUUGUGGAAAAUAGGAGGUGAGCCAUUAUUUUAAACUCUCAUAAGGAUCAUUCGUUUAAUAAAUAAAUUUUUAGUUUGUCCUUCUGAUCAAUAUGUAUUUUUUUAAACUAAGCUCUACUUACUAAAAAUGUUUUUCAGAAAUCAAUCUAUUUAUGAGAAACUUGUUAACCUUUCCAACUUUCACAGUGAAUUGUGAAAUGUAGGCCAGAUGGGUAAGACCCGUAGCCACUUCACUUCUGUGUAAUGUCAGCUGUAUUCAUGACAUUCAGUAAGCAGUCAUUGGAAGAAGUGUCGGUCAGCAAGCAGUCCUGUAUGCUGACUGACGGUAAACCUACGUGUUGGUUUGAGGGUGGGGGUGAUGGAGAAAUCCAAGAUGAAUAUAUUUGAAUUAAAUUAGGUUAUGUAAGUGGCCUAUUCAACUUAUGACUAAAUGGUCACAGUCUAACAUGACUAACCCUUAUCACCUCUUAACCCAGUGAUAUCAAUCCAGUGUGGAGGUGUCCAGAGACAGCUUUUCCUCCCAGAUAGGAGGCGCGUCCGCAAAACUGUGGUGAUCUCAGCGUUAGCUUAGUGAAGCAAGGAGAAUCACAAAAGGACUUGUGUUCAAACGGGAUUCGAUGAAUUACAAAAACUUUACUUUGGAUUUUGCUCGUCUUAUAAAAAUGAAGUGACGUAAACUCGUAGUUUUUCCUAAAGUAGUAGUCUUUGAUAUACAUGAGAAUAAAGAGGUGAGAGGCUAA